GUAACGUAUUGAUAUAUCGCUUGUGCUACGGUUACGACAACAAUAAAAGACUAAUCAAAUAAGUAAACUGGUUAAACAAUGAGCGAAGCCGGCUCUGCCGUAGAUGCAGUCGCUGCGGAAAAGAAGCGCAAAUUUCGCAUACAAGCGGCUGCAUUCAUGGGCCUCGUCGGCGGCAUUUCUGCGCUGUUUGGAUUCUCUCGCACGCUGGCCACAGCCAAGAAAUCGGACAGCAAAGUACUCCAGCAGCAAGCCACAAAACAGGGCAUCAUCCUCAUGGAUGAAGGUACAACGCUGGCGAUGCGAGCCCUUGGCUGGGGCACAUUGUAUGCUGUAUUGGGCACUGGGGCAUUUUGCUAUGGAUUCUGGAAGCUGAGUGGUGCCAAAGAUUUCGCGGAGUUUAGAUUGAAAAUGGGCAACGCUUUGCCGCGGAUUAGCAAAGAUGAGCCAGCUAACAGUCGCACGGAUUUCGAAAGCCUAACAGAUCUUAUGAAAUAUUUAGCUGCCUGGAACAAGGAGUAAGCCCAUACACACCUAUAAACAUGUAGAAUAAACGCCAAUUGUACAACUCA